UGGGCAACAUCGUCUUCUACUUCGCUAAACAACACAAAAUAAAAUCACUUUACUCAUUUUGCAUUCGUUGUGUGUUGUGUUUUGGUUUUACAAUAAUGAUGAAACGUUAGUGUAGAACAAAGUGAAAUUAUUACUUUUUAUGGAAGCUUGGAAGUGAUUAGCGGCUAGUUGUGAUCAUAAUGUAGCGCUCAGUCAAGUUCCGUAAUCCAUUAUCCCUAAAUAAGUUAUUGAUCUUUUUUUAUUGUAUGAGACUGUAAAUAAAUAUAAACUAAGAAACAUGUCUGUGGUCAAGGGAAAACUUGUGAAAAUGGAAGUCAUCCAAGUUGGUGAAUACGAAUUCACCAAACAAGACAUUAUAGGCCAUGGAGCCUUCGCCAUGGUAUACAAAGGAAGGAAGAGAAAGAAUCCGUCACAAUCAGUCGCCGUCAAAGUGGUGACGAAGAAAGGAAUCCAGAAAGCUUCAGAGAUUUUGGUCAAAGAGAUAAAGAUUCUUCGUGAACUGACUGCCCUUCACCACACCAAUUUGGUCGCUAUGCACGACUGUAUGGACAGCCCCGCCUACGUCUAUGUCGUCAUGGAGUACUGCAACGGGGGUGACCUGGCGGACUAUUUGCAAGCGAACCGUCUGCUCAGUGAAAGCACCAUCCGGCUGUUCCUGAGGCAACUGGCCGAGGCGAUGCGAGCCAUCCACGCGAAGGGCAUCGUGCACCGGGACCUCAAGCCACAGAAUAUCCUGCUCACCCACAACGUAGCACCGCCACGCACGCCGCACGCUUCUGAAAUAACACUCAAAAUCGCUGACUUUGGCUUCGCAAGGUUCCUCGAAGAAGGAAACAUGGCCGUUACGCUUUGCGGGUCACCGAUGUAUAUGGCACCAGAAGUGAUAAUGUCACUGAAGUAUGACGCUAAGGCAGACCUCUGGAGCCUGGGCACCAUUGUGUACCAGUGCUUAACGGGCAAGGCGCCCUUCCAGGCCACCACACCACACGAACUGAAGGCUUUCUACGAGAACAGCGUUGACUUGCAACCCAAGAUGCCAGCGGGCACAAGUCCUGAGCUGUGUAGCCUACUCAUCGGGCUGCUGCGGCGGAACCCGCGCGAGCGCAUGCCCUUCGAAGCUUUCUUCAACCAUCCCUUCCUACAGCGACCGCGGACCACCUCCAUCAACAGUUUGGACUCGGAUCUGCCCGACAUAUUGGAGAGCGAUCUCGAGGGUCGGCCUGAUACUAACUGUUACCUAGAGGAGUCAUGGGAAAGCCAGGGAGCGAGUGUGAACCCUCCUUCGCUGGGUGCGGGCGGGUCGGGGGCGGGCGCCAGGCCGUCGUCUGCGCCGCGCAGCUCCAACCCGCCGCCACAACCACUGCCCACGCUACAAGCGUAUAAGAAAUCACAGCCGACAUCCUCCGCCGAGUCGUCAGACACGACCUGGGCAGGCGAGGACGACUUCGUGCUGGUGGAGGCGACGGAGAGCGGGUCGGCCGAGUACUCCGCGUCGUCGGGCUCCGAGGCGGCGCCGCGGCCGCGCUCGCUGGCGCUGGCCGCCGCGCCCCAGGCGCCGCCCGACCCGCCCGCGCCUACCGCGCCGCAGCCACAACCCGCUGCGCUCAGGAACCCACUCGCCGUAACAUCUAACAAUAACGUACCGCGAUCACAACCCAUCGACGUGCUCCGAUCGAACUACAGCCGCAACGCGACCAACAUCGGCUCGCUAUCGCCUCCGACCGUGCCGUUCACGAUGACGCCGCCAUCGACCCGCCGACGAAGCAGCAACUCGGGCAGCUCGCCGCCGCCCUCGCUGUGGCAGGUCUCCCCCACUAACGCCAGCCCGCUGCGUAGAUCUGGAUCUUCUCCUCCGGUGCCGCUGGCCCUGAAGGCGAGCGGGUCAGGCGGCGGGUCCCCCAAGCGCGGCGCCCUGCCCGACGCGCUGCUGCGCGGCAUCAAGCUGCACGCGCCCGACCCGCCCGUCUACAUACCCAACCUGCAGGAGGAGACCAUACUCGCCGAGGAGCACAGCAAAGUGUUCUCGCAGCUGAACUUCGUGCUGAUGCUGGCGGAGCUGCUGUCCGACCUCGCCGUGUCGUGCGGCGCCCCCAUCGCCGCGCUCAUGGACGCCUCCGACGAGCGUUGCAACGAGAGCGUGCGGCUGGGCUUGCUGGUGCAGGCGAUGCAGGCGCUGGCGGCGGGGCUGCGCCUGGCCGCCGCGCACUACCGCUCGCGCACGCUGCAGCCCACGCCGCAAGUGCGGAACGUUGUCUCCCUAAUGAACGGAAAGUACAAGUGGAUCGUGAACGAGUCGCGGAGGCUCCACGAAGCCGGCGUCACUCCUGCCGUCUGCGACAAAAUCCUAUACGAGCAUGCCAUUGAACUGUGUCAAAUGGCAGCCAUAGAAGAGUUGUUCGGCGACAUGAAGGAGUGCGAGCGGCGCUACAUGUCGGCGCAGGUGCUGCUGCACUCGCUCGUGCAGCGCCACCCGCUGCAUCCGCAGCACCGCACCACGCUCUCCAAGUACCGAGACGCAGUUCAACGACGGCUCAACUGCCUCAAAGGGCCGCGCAAAAUAAUGGAUGUGAAACUAGAGGCCGGGAUCUCAUAAUGCAAUACGCAGUCAACCAUGUAGGAAGUAAGUGGACGUGAUGCAACAUGAAAAGUGAUUUUAUUUUGUUCUCAAAAAAAUGACUCGGUGAGAAACAAAAUACUGUAUAAUCUAAAAAUGUAUAAAAAUAUAAAGUGAAUGAUAUCAAUUGACAUUUAAAUUUAAAUCAUUGUAUACAAUCGUUUAGCGAUUAAUAAAAAUGCAAAUUACAAGAUAUUGCAAUAGCAAAUUAUAUUUUUUUAUAUUCAGCACAUUACGAGAAAGAGUUCUUAGUAGAUAUUCAUAAAAAUAUGUACCUUAUUUAGCUAAGCAAACAGUAAAGCUGAAAUGUUUAACAGUACGCUAUGAAUCACUGGACUAAUUUUGCUGAGCUAAAUAAGGCACAUACUUUAGUAUUAUACAUAGAAUGCUGAACAAAAUUCAGUGCCCGCUUUAAAAUGAAUAUAAAUAUUAUAUAGUUUGAUAGAUGUGUGUCUAGAAUUCCUUUUAAAUAAAAAUGGUUGUAUCAUUUAGUGAGGUUUUGAAAUUUUAGUAUUAAGCACAUUUUCACUUAAAGUUAGCAAACUGUGAAUUUCUAAACAUAUUAUGAAUAAUAAGAAAUAAUAAAUAUACAAGUUAUUUUCUCCAGUCAUCUACAUUUUAGUGAAAUAAAUAGGCAUAAAAUACUAAAACAUAGGAUAGAAAACGUAGUAUUGUUUCAAAAUAAGUCUCAUUAACAUUUUAUUAUUACCAUCUUGUAGUUAUCAUGUAAAAUGAAUGAAAAUUAUGAAGUAAAUGUCUCGGUAUAAAUAUAAUGCUAUAGAGAUCUCAUUGACGACCAAUAACAAUAUUAUGGCAUUUUUAGGCUAAGCUGUGAAAUGAUUUUAAAAGUAUUUUCCUUAAAAAGAAUGUAUGAUUGAAUGAAUUUUAGUUUAAUUUUCUGUCAUCAUACUUAUUUUGCCCACAUUGUGAUUCUUAAACAUGUAUUUUUUCCCUCAGAAAAUGUCUACUGCUUUACUGAAAUAAGAAUAAAGACUGUUGUACUAUAAAAUUAUUUUGUUUUAAUAAAUACUUAUAACAUUACAA